AUGGCAAGGCAAGAAUCAUUGUUGCCCUCUUCUUCCUUUAGCUAUAGAUGGAAAUACGAUGUGUUUCUGAGCUUCAGAGGAGAAGAUACCCGUCACGGUUUCACUGGCAAUCUUUACAAAGCUCUUCAUGACAAGGGAAUCCACACCUUCAUUGAUGAUAAAGAGCUUCAAAGAGGAGAGGAAAUCACACCAUCACUUGACAAUGCAAUUAAAGAAUCCAGGAUUGCAAUCCCAGUUUUCUCUAAGAACUACGCUUCUUCUUCAUUUUGCUUAGAAGAACUUGUCUAUAUCUUUCGCUGCAUCAAGGGAAAGGGUAGGUUGGUUUUGCCAGUUUUUUAUGACGUUAAACCUUCACACGUGCGACAUCAGACAGGUAGGUAUAAAGAAGCACUCGCUAUUCAUGAAGAGAGGUUUAAGGAUGACAUGGAGAAGGUGGGAGAAUGGAGGAAGGCUCUGCAUCAAGCAGCUAACUUGUCUGGCUUUCAUUUCAAAAUUGGGUACUGUUUUAUCUUCUUACGUUUUGUUUCUUUAAUUUUCUUUUGUCUCUUAUGA